AUGCGCUCGGCGAGCCGGCAAACCAACCAUUUCGCCUACCGGAGAGAUCAGUUUGGGCUGCCCCGCAUGCUCCUCGUACAGAAGUGUCCUCCACAACGGUUGCGCGCAGCGCUAUUUCUAUUUGUAGCAGUGCGGCCCUCCGCCCCCCCGCAUGAGCUUCUCCCCCACGCAACGCGCCGACAACGUCUUGCAGUUCUUGGCGUACUUUUGCAACUGUCCGCGACAAUGCCGCAACUGUACGGCGACGAGAUCUACCACGAGGAAUCGGGGCUGUGCCUCAAGUGCGGCGGCGGCGAGGGCGCGCACCAGCUCAUCUACUGCACGCGGCAGAUCAUGCUGUACGGGAACAUUCGCCAGUGCGGUGGCAUCUGCAUGUACCGCAUGGAAAGGUCCGGUGCAUACAACUUGUGCUCCAUCUGCCCAAACUGCAGGAGGAAGCCCAUUGGCUUUGGAUCCUCCCUCAGCCAGAGGAGGAGGGGCGACCCGUGA